CGGGGCCAGACUUCCGGCGUCCAGCCGCACGGGCGUUCAGGCUGACGGAGGAUGGCUCAGGAAGACAGCUGGAGCCUGCCCACGGUGCGGGCCCGGGUUGGGGCGUCCCAUGGCAUCACCGACCUGACUCAAAAGCUCCUCUUCUAUGACCGCUGGGCUCUGGAAUAUGACCAGGAUGUGGCCACACUGCAGUACUGUGCCCCCCGCCUAGCUGUGGACUGCCUCACCCAAGCCCUUCCUAGCCUUCCCCACACCGCCCUGAUCCUGGACGUGGCCUGUGGCACUGGCCUGGUGGCUGCUGAGCUGCAGGCUCGGGGCUUCUUCCAGCUGCAUGGGGUGGAUGGGAGCCCAGGGAUGCUGGAACAGGCCCGGGCCCGCGGCCUCUACCAGCAUCUCAGCCUCUGCACCCUGGGCCAGGAGCCGCUGCCCAGCCCUGAAGGGACCUUUGACGCAGUGCUGAUGGUGGGUGCUCUCAGCGACGGCCAGGUGCCCUGCAGUGCCAUACCUGAGCUCCUGCGAGUUACCAAGCCAGGCGGGCUGGUGUGUCUGACCACCAGGACCAACCCAUCCAACCUUCGCUACAAGGAGGCGCUGGAGAACACCCUGGAUGAGUUGGAGCAGGCGGGGGCUUGGGAACGCCUGCUGGUCUGGCCUGUGGACAGAUGGGAACUGGCCACCUCUGAGCUCGAGGUGGUGCCUGGCUCUUCUGACAGUGAGGGCUUCAUCUCUGGCAUCGUCUACCUAUACAGAAAACAGCAAGCAGAAGUCGGGGUUGAGGGAGCGAGGCCCCUUCCCCAGUCCCCUGCAGGUCACUGACCCUCCAUGUGGCCUGGCCAGGCCCCUCCUUGGAGCCCCUCCGCUUCAUCUCCAAAAUGGGUCACCAUGCCAGCCUGCCUCUCAGGAGAGUCUGCCCAUUAAAGUUGGCCCAGA